AUGCCACCUAAAAAGAAAUCUCGUGGGGCUACCACCGUUGUCCGUGGAGAGGGUCGAACCACGCGCUCUGCAGCCAAGAAGGCUAAAUCGGAUCAUACUGAAUCAGAGGGAUCAGCAUCUUCCGAUGAGGAGAAGUCUUUCGAUAAAGGCCGCGUAAUGAGUGUGCUGAGAUACGAUUUCGACGAUCUAUUGACAAAUGACCGUUUCGAGCACCCGGAACUCAUCUCUAGGAUUGAUCCGAAGGAAUUUAAUCUCGAUUACUAUGAAAAAUCCCGUCUUGCAACACCACUUCUCUUCGAUUGCGAUGCGCAUGAACUCGGGAUGAAGGUUCCGAAAGCUGAAGAGUUCUCGGUUGAUGACGUCUUGAGGCUUGUUGGUGGAAAUCGUAUGAUUGAAGUGGUCGAAGUUAGCGGACAAACAAGUGUGAAGAUGUGUCUGCAAGAUUUCAUCGAUUAUUACAAAACUCCAAAAGAAGAACGAGAGACAUUGUACAAUGUGCUGUCCUUGGAGUUUUCGAACACAGAGAUGGAGGACAUCAUACAGUCACCAACUCUCGUUCGUCAAAUAGACUGGGUUGAAAAUCAUUGGCCGGAUGCUCUGCGUCAGCGGUACAUCACGUUUAACAAGAAAGGACAUUACACUCCUCAUCACACGUAUCCAAAAGUACAAAAUUAUUGUUUGAUGAGUGUUGAACGCUGCUACACGGAUUUUCACGUCGAUUUUGGUGGCACUUCGGUAUGGUACCAUGUUCUCAAAGGCCAAAAGAUAUUCUGGCUGAUUGAACCUAGUCUGACCAAUAUCCGCUUAUAUGAGGAAUUUGUGAAAAACCCGGAGCAAACAGGAUUUUUUGGUCAUGUUGUUGAUAAAUGCGCUAGAGUGGUAUUGAAUCCUGGAACAACAACAAUUAUCCCUUCUGGCUGGAUUCAUGCUGUAUACACACCUUCUGAUAGUCUGGUUUUUGGUGGUAACUUCCUCCAUUCACUUCGUUCUGAAAUGCAAAUCCAAGUUUACCUCAGCGAGAAUCGUAUCAAUAUCACGAAGAAAUUCCGUUUUCCCUAUAUAGAGGAGCUCAUGUUAUAUGUGAUUGCGGAUGUCGUUUUAAGGUGUACGGGGCGUCGUUACGUCCGACCGGCUCGAGUUGAUAAUGCUAGGUUUGAUUAUGUCGGGAAAGUAUGGAAAGAAAAAGGAAACCAUCGAAAAGUAAUAAACUAUCAAGACUAUAUGAGUGGUGGUAUACAACUUGAGCAGAAAGAUCUGGUGGCUAUAGAUAAUCAAUCCGAAAUUCAAGACAACGGGGUGGUCAACGUCAUUGCCAUGCAUGCCGAAAAUACUCUACUGUAUAACACUGCUGCUGCUGCUGCUGCCUCAGCUGAUCAAGGAGGGAAAUUAGCCGAUGAGAACAUUGAAGAGGAAGUUACGAGCGGUGAAGAGAAAAACGGAGAAGAUGGAGACAAAGAGAAAAAAGAAGUCAUGCCUCAUAAUAUCAAUCCCACCAUUUUUUACCAUGAAGCCUCGAUAUUUCACGAUCUGUAUGGAAGAUCUACAAGUGCUCAUCGUAACCCAGUAGGCGAAGAGCCACCUAUACUGUUCAAUCAAGCUGAGCUUGAUCGUAUUUCCCAUCUUCUGCUACCUGAAUAUGAGCGAUUGUGUGAAUAUCUACGGAAAAAGAGACUGCUAGAUGUGGCUGAAGGCAUUACUCAACCUGCUAGUCUGCUUAAUUGCUUCAAUUGUAUCUUACAGAAAAGGCGGGAACAGCUGGGUUCUCCGCGAACACCACGUUCGGCGAAAUCUGGACAGGUUGUCCCGGCUAAGGAAUCCGCUGGUGAAGAAACAGAGGGGCAUGUUAACACCGAGGAUGAAACGAAUGCUAAUGAGGCGGCAAAUGGUGCUGGUGAAGUGGAAAUGAAAAUGGAAGAGGGCACAGGUGAAGAGAGCGGUGCUCAUAUAAAAAGUGAAUAUGUGGAAAAUGUGGAGAAAAAAGAAGAAGAAGAUGAGGAGCAAGAUGAUGAGAGCGCUUCGAAGCCUUCGACAUCGCGAAAACGUCAGGCAGAUGAAGACUAUGACGUAGAAGCUGAGGCAGUACCUGAACCCGAGGAAGACGAUGACGAGGACUAUGAAGAGAAGCCCAAACGAAAAGGUGCCAAGUCGGAAAAGAAAAAGAAGGAGAAAUCAGAAAAGAAACCAAAAGAGGCAAAAGAGAAAAAGACACCAAAGCGACGAACAUCAUUGUCUUUCGAAGACGCUCUGGGAGGUGGGGAUAUUCAUUUAUCAAGAGGUGUGCUUGCGAAAAUGUCACAUAUGCGAAGUGUGCCAUAUUUAGGAACUCCAAAGAGUGUAAAAAAGAAGCACGACCCUAAGAAGGACAAGCCUAUGUUUGUAGGAGGAUUGCCCAUGGCUCCCAUACAGGAUGGUCCCGUUGUGCCUAAUGCCUAUAAUUACGACCCAAUGGCAGAAAUUAUGAAGCUCGGAACUGGACAGUUUCAAAGCGCAUAUCGGAAGUCAAAACUGAACAUCACUCCUCCAAAGGACAAAAAGAUCUACAAGCUGGAACCAAAGCAUCACGAUGAAGAAGAGCAUCAGGAUACCAAGAACGGCGCUGAGAAGAGCUCAAAGCCAGAACCACCGCGACCACCAGUGAUUGCGCCGCUUAGUGUAAAUACUAGACGACAUAGUGAAGGAGAACCCCUACGGAAGUUAGUCCUGCAGCAUCUCGUGCAUCUCGAGGUUCAUUUAGUGAAUUCGGUGCCACCAGUGCGAUCUCUCCGUUGUCAAGAAACGGCUCGGCACACACUACACCACAGCAUCAUCCCUCACCAGUUAAUUCUUUCACCACGCGAUGAGCGACCAGUGAAUAGAUUCCAAGAAGUAAGAAAGGCUCGAUUCGCUGACAAUCCAGUAUCGGACGUCUCUCCACCCCCCGUAUCCACUACUCCACCGUUUAUGACAUCUCCAGCACCUCUACAAUCUCCCGAUCUUCCCCCUGUGUUCACAUCUUCUUCAACAACAGCGCCACCCACGACAAACGUUACUCCAAAGAUUCCCAUGAAGCAGGCGUUAGCUCAGUUGGGUCAGAUCGUCAAAGAACUUAACGAAGUUAAUGCGUUGUAA